CAAUUUAUUUAUUUGAGACAGGGUCUUGCUAGGUCGCCCAGGCUGGGGUACAGUGGCAGAAUCAUGGCUUACUGCAGCCUCAACCUCCUGGGCUCAAGGGAUCCUCCCACCUCAGCCUCCUGAGUAGCUGUGACUACAGGCACCCACCACUAGGCUGGGUAAUUCUUUUCUUCUGUAGAUACGGAGUCUCCCUGCGUUGCCCAGGCUGAUCUAGAACUCCUGGGCUCAAGCCUCGGCCUCCCGAAGUGCUGGGAUUGCAGAUGUGAGCCACUGUGCCUGGCCAGGUACUAUAUUUUAAACAAAAAGGAUCUAGGUAAUGACAAGGACAGCACAAAUUCCUAUAAUGAAUGCAAAAGUGUCUUGAUAUCACAAUGUCUAGCACAGAGUUAUUGGAAGCUAUCCUGCCCAGCGCGUUACAAUUUACAAAGCUGCUUCUCUGAAGCUGGAUUUAGGAUCUGCCUUGAACUCCGCGGCAGGGCCCUUGACAUCAGUGGGGACUGGAGCAAGAUCAGAGCCGCUCGCGUUGAUGGUCACUGUUGCUUCGGGCGCAGGUUUGGUUUUCUUUGGGGUUGCCAUUUCAACUAGACGGCCUCUGGGUAGGCCAGAUCUGGAUCCUCUGUCUUUAUCUGCGUUGCAGAGGUGGGACCACCCCUCUUUCACAUAGUCAGCUCCGGUUCGCAAACACUCGGCCCCGCACAAAGAUGGCGUGGAGGCGGGCUGGGCCAAUGCGGAGUGGCGUUGCUCCCGGUUGCCUAGGUAACAGCCAAUGGGCAGCGGGAAUUGUACCCCGUGCGGUCGCCCAGGAUGGCGGCGUCAAGUGGGGCAAUCGCUGGUGCAGGUGGCGGAGAGCAAGGUGGCAGCCGGGAGCUCAUCAGAGGAAAAGUCCGAGGCGCUGGAGCCCUGCGUCCAGGCGUGACGGUCAUCCCGAAAGGCCGGCCCCAGGCCGCAGGCAUGGUUUUGGUCAACUGAUGUUUGCAGAUGGUGGCACCUACCUGGGUCAUUUUGAGAAUGGGCUCUUUAAUGGCUUUGGGGUAUUGACCUUCUCAGAUGGUUCAAGGUAUGAGGGGGAGUUUGCCCAGGGCAAGUUUAAUGGCGUCGGAGUCUUCAUUCGAUAUGACAACAUGACCUUUGAGGGGGAAUUUAAAAAUGGCAGAGUAGAUGGUUUUGGCCUGCUGACUUUCCCCGAUGGUUCUCAUGGAAUCCCCCGCAAUGAAGGUCUCUUUGAGAACAACAAGCUGCUGCGGCGUGAGAAGUGUUCUGCCAUUGUUCAGCGGGCCCAGAGCGCCUCCAAGUCAGCCAGAAAUCUCACUGCCUGACAGCGCAGUGGGCACCAGUUGACAAGUACUGGGUAAAGCCAGUGCCCCUGUUGUUGACUCGAGGUGAACAAAUGAAUCAGAGCUGAGAUGAGUUGACAAUGACAGUGGAGCAGAGGCCUUGUAUGUGCCCUGUCACCUGCCAUUCCAGAACUGGACCACAGAAAAGUGCUGAGGAUGCUGGCCAGCAGACCCUGCAGCAGUCAUUGGUGGUUCUGUCUUUCCCUGACCCUUAUGUGCUGGAGGACAGAGGAGCCACCUCUUAUCACUGGUUGAUACUCUGUUCCUAAGACCUCAGGUUACCCAGUGUAGCCUGCUGUGACCCUUCUGCUUCAUUUUCUGCCAACAGAACCUUCGUUCUGCUGCUUUUGGGACAGGUGAUCCUAGCUCCAGCUUAGGGCCAGUGCUCUGUGCUACUCUGGAGAAAUAGGGAAAAGAUAGGGGUGGCUCAGUACAGCAGCCCUGUGAAAGUCAAGGCCAGAGCUUUUCUUUUUAAAUUUUAUUAUUAUUAUUAUUAUUAUUUUAUUUUUUAUUUUUGAGAUGGAGUCUCA